AUGGCCCCGGCUACCUCCACCAAGGUGACCUACCGUUUCCUGGGCGACUCUGGUCUGCUGGUGUCCAAGCUCGCGCUCGGUUCGUGGAUGUACCAAGACCCGACCCACACCGUCGAAGCCUGGUACGAGAUGAUGAAGACUGCCAUCGCGCAAGGCGUCAACUUCUUCGACUCGGCCGAGAACUACGCGCUGGGCGAGGCCGACGAGCUCAUGGGAGGCGCCAUCAAGAGGGGCAUCGACGAGGGCGUCUGGAGUCGUGAAGACCUCGUGGUCACCGCCAAGAUCUUUAGCGGGAUCAAGGGCUUCACCAACGGUACUCCCAACAGCCAGGGACUCAACCGUUAG